GGGGAAUGGAAUGCGUUGGAAGCUGUUCCGAAACCUCUCUUCUCUUCAGAGUUGCUUCCCUAGUCCCAGCCAUUCGGGGUUAGAACACGGACCGGGCGGCUGGAAGAUAGCUUGUUAAUUCCUUCCAUCCCUCACCCCAGCUUCCUUCCCGGGCCUUCCCUCUAUGAAAAAGGUUUGAACUUGAACAACGUUAAAAAAUUCAAUGUAAGAGUAACAGUUGAUCCCUUACCAGGAGUGCUAUGUCUCAUUAAAGUUGGGCAAAUUGUGUCAUGUGAUAAGCGAUGUUUUGCGCGUGGGAGUGGUAUAUCUCACUAGCAUUAUUUCAAACGUCAUGCAUAGUUUUCUUGUGACGAAGUCUCCUCGGGUAUAAAAAGUCCAGUAGAAGAUACGCAGAAAAUGGUGUACGGUUUCUAUCAUUGAAGCGCCUUUGUUAUUUGAGUAAUUUCAACCAUGGAAAUCUAUACUUACCUACAGCUGCCACUUUCCCUUAGCCUCAGGCGUUUACUGACCCCGGGCUUCUUGUCAAGUGAACGAAAACCACAGGCGCCUUCGCAAAUCGACCCUAAGACAUAAUUUAAAAAAUAAAAAUAAAAUUAUGAUCUUGCUGUGUUGAGGCCUCGCAGAUCAAAUUUCAAUGUAAUUGUAGGAGUAAUUCCAGAUAGGAAGAAGAUGAGGCGUGAUUCCAUUCUUAUUUUGAUCUUUCUAUUGAGUUCUUGUUGGUUCAUAUGUGAGUGCCGAUGGUCUAGCUGCAACAAUGAAACAACUUAUUCUUAUGGCGGUACAUAUUCUAGAAACCUGAACCAAGUUAUCAAUGAUCUGUAUCGCAACACGUCUGAUAUUCCAGAGUUUAGUACCUCUUCACAUGGUGAUUAUCCCGAUAACGUCUAUGGGCUUUUGCAGUGUGUGGGGAAUAUAUCAGUGGAAAACUGUUCUGAGUGUUCGAAGAAUGCAUAUAGAACUGUUAGUGAAAACUGCAGCAAUGACAUAGGUGGGGAGGCAUGGAUGGAUGACUGUUUCCUGCGCUAUGAUAACUACGAUUUCUUUUCGGAAGCAAGUAUCGGUGCAUUUUCCCUUCCCAAUGAUAAUUACGUCCCUAGCAAUUUAGAGGAUUACGAGGCUACAGUAACUAAUCUUCUGAAGAAUCUGUCUGAGAAAGCUUACGAGUCUGCAAAUAAGGGUUUCGCUGUAGGAUCAGCGAAUUACACCACUUCCGGAAAAGUAUACGGUUUAGUCCAGUGUUGGAGAGUUGUACUCGUAGAAAAUUGCAAAAAGUGCUUGAUCUCUGCAAGGCAAGAGGGAGAAAAAUGUUGCUUAAGGAAGAAAGGAGCUCGGCUUCUGGGCACAAACUGCAAAAUAAGACAUGAGACAUACCCUUUUUUUGGCUCAGCAGAGUCGAUGUCACCCGAGGGAUCGACUAAGCCAACAGAGGCCCAUAGUUCUGAAAAGUCCCCAAAAACAUUACCCAUAAUUCUGGGGCUUGUGGGGGUUCUGAUUCUGGUGUUCGUUAUUUGCCUGAUUGCAAUGAGAAAAAGAAUGGCAUCUGCCAUUUCUGUGAGGCAAAUAACUCUAGUUACCCAGAACGAAGGCGCUCCUUCAAAUCUUUUUCUUUGUUAUUUAAAUUUCUCUUUUUCUGAUUAAAAUCCAACAUUUAAUCCUCUACGCCUACCCACUUGUUUACAGAGAGGCGGGGGUAUUCCCCUGAAGCCAGAUUAAUUAUACAGGAGAAACAUUUUGUGUUCAGUUUAGAAGAACUUGCAGAAUCCACACAAAAUUUUGAUGAGAAUAAGAAGCUUGGAGUGGGAGGUUUUGGUGCCGUCUACAAGGUGGGCUUGUAUUCCGUUCCUUAACAGAAAGAGUCCGUUUAAAGAAGCAUAUGCAGCACUAAUUCUGUUGUGAUGUUUCAGGGAACAACUAGAGACGGAAAGGAAAUAACUGUGAAAAAACUGUCUGCAAGAUCUACGCAAGGCAGGAAAGAAUUUAUGAACGAAGUGAAGUUGCUGGCCAAUGUUCAGCACCGAAAUCUUGUGAAGCUAUUGGGAUGUUGUGCUGAGGAAGAUGAAACGUUGCUUGUUUAUGAAUACUUUCCCAAUAAGAGCUUGGACACUUUUCUAUUUGGUAAGUUAUAAAGCAAGCGCUGUUGUAGAGAUGUUUGCUUUACAGAAAAUAAGAUAUAACAACAAAAGUAAAAAAAAAUGGGAUUACAGAUCCGGAAAAGCGCAGAGAGUUAAGUUGGUAAAAGCGUUAUAACAUUAUAAUUGGAAUCGCCCGUGGCCUUCUCUAUCUUCACGGGAUUCACAGUUGAAAAUUAUUCACAGAGAUAUCAAAGCAAACAACAUUUUACUUGAUGAGAAACUCAAUGCCAAGAUAGCUGACUUUGGCCUAGCUAGAUUAUUUGCUGGAGAUGAAACGCAUGUCGAUACAAAAGCUGCAGGCACAUAGUAAGGAUCCUCGCAAUGAUGAUAUUGUGCUGAGUAAUUAUAGAUCUAUAUCAGUGAUGGCUAUAAAUUGCUGGGUUUCUUUGUUAUUUUGUAAAUUACUUUGUCUAUAUUGCUGGGUUUCCAGAGUACGCAAUGCAAGGUCAGCUGUCAGUUAAAGCUGACGUUUACAGUUUUGGAGUGCUUCUGCUUGAGAUCUUGAGCGAAAGGAAAAAUAGUGAUGCAAAUAUUCCCAACGAAAUGGAAAGCCUGUCAGAAUGGGCAUGGAGAGUAUACAAAAGAGAAUAUGCUUCGAAUUUUGUGGAUCCAACGGUAGCAGAAACAUGUCCAGAGGAGAAAUCGUUGAGAUAUAUCCAGGUUGGGCUUUUUUGUGUACAAGCGGAUGCGACCCUUCGUCCAGCUAUGUCGAAUGUUAUUGUGAUGAUAUCCAGCAGUUCGGUCACACUACCAAAUCCCAAAAAACCUGCUUUCAUAAACCUGAGCAAAAGCUAUGUCCCAAAAGCAGGAGUGAAGUUAAGCUCAGGAUCAGGGGUAAGGGUGGAGGAUUAUGAAACGGGGGCAUCUGGGACGACGACGUCAUCUGCAUCAGGCGUUGCGUCAGUAAAUGAUGCCUCCAUCACUCAAGUGAACCCUAGGUAGGGAGGUAGGGUUUACAAAUAGAUGCCUCUUUAUUAGCCUUAUAGUAUACCGACUCGUUAAGAGUCUGCGAGAGCAAAAUGUUGAAAUGCUGUUCUGUGACCUUCUCUUUCAAAUUCUGCUCAUUAUAUUAUUUGUAUUUUGCUUUGUUCAAUAAAACAAAAAAGGUCACCCUGUCGUAAGUGGUACUGUUUAUUAAUAGAAAUUAAUAUUUUCCAUAUAGAAUCAUAAA